CGUUUCUCUCUCUCUUUCUCGCCGACUUUCUCCCCCGUUGGGGUGCAUACCCCACCACCACCACCAUUACUACCCUCGCCAGCCGACGAUCAGCCAAGAUGCCCCAGCCUGCGUGAACGAGACGGGCGCAACCUGUGGCUGAUCCUGACCGGCGCGCCUCCCUCCGGAAAUUCAGCCACGCUCUCAAUCCUCAAAGCGCUUCUAGUCAGUGCCAUUCUCACCGUGCGGCCGUUUGCAUCGACAACCUCACGCCGAGGAAAACCCCGACCCGCCGUGCCACGACCUGCGGAUCGUCGCCGGCAGCGGCUACCAGCGGCUACGGCAAUGCGCGUCGGAUGCAAGUGUAACGUUGAUGCGACAAAGGACAAAUCGCGCACGGAGCGCCGCGACGCAACCCUCCGGGGGUGACGUGAGCGCGUCAGCUUACCGAGAUGUUGUGAUGACGAUACGGCGAUUGACAGUUUAACAAAUUGUCUGCGUGCGUAUUGCAAACGGCCGCGAAGUGCCAAAAAAUGUGCGGAUACUGUCUGAAAAAGAGGGAAAUGGCCAGAUCGUGAGUGAAAGAGGAGAACUGCGUUCGUUGAGGAAGGAUGCGCAAUUAGCGACCGUCCGUGAUUAGCCGCGAUCGACGACGACGACGGGGAGAGAUUACAUUCUCAAGAAACGAAUAUCGGAUAUAGGCUGCUGAUCGAUAUUGAAUGCGAUCAGAGAAAGAUGUAAAUUGAUUGAACAUAUAGCGACUUUUGGCAGAGAAACACAUAUCGUUAUAUUUAAAGUUGAUCAACGACAUGGGAUACGAAAUAGAAGACUGAUUAACUGCUGUCUAUAAUUUAUUAAAGUAUAUAUCAUGAGCUUUUUAGCUUGCAAUUAUUCAGCCUCGUGUCAUACAAAGACACAUAUGUUCGAUUAAAUAGAAAAAAGAAGAAAAACUAUAUCGAUUAACAGAAUCAGAGAAUAUCUUUCUAUUUUGAAUCAAUAUGAUAUUAUGUACAAAGAAAGUACUAAAAUGCUAUUAAUUUUUCAUUAAUCGAUGUGCACUAUCUCGAAGAAGGCAGGUUUGAUCGCCGAUCACGUUUAUCGACCAUUUUUAUACGAAACCUUUUACUGCGACCAAAUAAAGCUGAACGUUCAUGCCAGUAAACGCAACAUAUCGUAAUAUCGGGACCAAUACGAGUGCUGUCGACAUAAAAUACUCGUGCAUGUACGGGUGUACUGUGCCGAUGUAGAGGAACUUAACCAAGUCACGACUACCAAGAUAGUAGCUCCAUAUAAUUUUCGACAUGAACAUUACAUCCAAUAUAGGAAAAGGGCGGCGAUCGAUACCAUCGUGAGAGACAGGGGAUAUCUAAAGAUGGCAGAAAGGUCUACGGCUCCGACGUUUAUUUUUCGAGUGUACUACGUAAAGUAGCGAUAAUUAGCAAGACGCCAAUCAGCCGCAAACUCGAAGCAUGUCACUCGACAAACGAAGCAACUCAGAAACAAAGAAGAAAGUUCCUGCCGCGCGCAACUCCGACUUUGCCGAAUAAAAGGUCGGCCGAGGUAAAAAGGAAAAUAGAAAAGUAGAGGUAAGAUGCCGAAAGGAAGUCCGGAAAAGGAUAGCAGCGAAAAUAUCCAGUUGGAGCCUUUGUCUAGGACGCCUAGGCGAAACGAAUCAAUGGACCGUGCAGAAAUAGAUGCGAAGGCACCGUUAAGACACGCCGCAAGAAAGACAUGUGAUUUAGAAGAUAGCAAUGCAGGAUUGCACAGACGUAACUUUUACGAGCGCGCAAAUGAAGUCGUUAGAUGUUCUGAAAGAAAGACUUAUUGUGUACUUUGUAUUUGCUGCCUGGUACUUCUCGUUGCAUCACUUAUCAUCGCCUUGGCGCCUUUCCGAACUGGCUGCACUUGUCUUCAAGACGAUUUAAGUAAAGCUAUGGAUGACGAAGAAAACGCCGUGCCUCGGAUGGAAAAUGGAGAGGUAUUUCCAUGGGAUAACAUAAGAUUACCUGCCUUUGCACAUCCUAUUAGGUACAAUAUUACCAUGCAUCCAAAUCUUACCACCUUAGAAUUUAGAGGACGAGUCACAAUCGAAUUCUUCGUCGAUGAAGAGACCAAAUUUAUCGUCUUUCAUAGUAAAAAUUUGACAAUAAAGGAACAGAUAGUCAAAGAUGAUCAAGAAGAGCUAAAAAUCGCAAAGUUGCUCGAAUAUCCGAAACGCGAACAGCUGUAUCUGGAAUUGGAGGACACAUCAUUUCGAAAAAAGAACAAUUACACGCUAUAUCUGAGUUUUAAUUCGACGUUGAAUUCUACUGAGCUUAAAGGGUUCUAUUUUAACAGUUACAUCACUCCUGAAGGAGAAUACAGAUAUUUGGCUUCAACUCGCUUCGAACCAACAUACGCGCGCAUGGCCUUUCCAUGUUUCGAUGAACCACAAUUUAAAGCUAAAUUUAAGAUAUCAAUAUAUAGGGAUAGAUUUCACAUUGCGUUAUGUAACAUGCCUGCGAUAAAUACUGAGGAGGCUGGAUUUUACUUGGGCACAAAUCUCCUACGCGAUGACUUUCAAGAGUCCGUAGACAUGUCGACGUACUUGGUAGCUUUUGUGGUAUGCGAUUUUAAAAGAGUUUUCGAACUAACACAGAGAAAUACAUCUGUAAGUGUGUACGCCACAUCGCAUAUGCUUCCGCAUAUGAAGUAUGCUAUGAUCACUGCUGCUCGUAUUAUGGAUUACUUUGAAUCUUUCUUUGGCAUACCUUACCCUUUGCCAAAGCAAGAUAUAGUAGCAAUCCCUAAUUUUGAGCCCGUCGCUAUGGAAAAUUGGGGCCUAAUUACUAUUCGAGAAUCAUUUUUAAUGUACGAUCAACAAGAAACAUCUACUGAAGUACAGGAAUACAUAGCCGUUAUUAUGGCUCACGAAUUGGCUCAUCAAUGGUUCGGCAAUCUCGUCACAAUGAAAUGGUGGAAUGAUCUGUGGCUGAACGAGGGUGCCGCGACGUUCUUCGAAUACAAAGGCGUGAAUCACAUUUUUCCCGAAUGGGGCAUGAUGGAUUUAUUCAUAUUACACAAAACGCAAGAAGCACUCGAACUCGAUGCCCUAGCCAACAGUCACCCGGUAAGCGUGCCCGUUGAAAACCCCGUCGAGAUAGAAAGCAUAUUCGAUACGGUCAGCUACUUCAAAGGCGCUUCCAUCCUCUACAUGUUGGAAGUAGUUUUAUGCGAGAAUGUUUUUAAACGCGGACUAAACGAUUAUCUAAAUCUGCACGCGUAUGGAAAUACGGAGACCAACAAUCUGUGGGACGUUUUUACAAAACAUUCCAAAAAUACAUCUAUUAGCACGGAUCUUGACGUGAAAACCAUAAUGAACACGUGGAUCCAACAAAUGGGCUUCCCACUUGUUACCAUCAUCCGUGAAGACAGUACUAUCACGGCGACACAAAAAAGAUUCCUUGCUUCGCCGCGAGAAACUGGAGUAAACAUUUCGCAACCCAAAUCACCCUUCAAUUACAAGUGGUACAUCCCGUUGAACUGUUACACAGACAAGGAUGACCCGAUGGAAUCUCCUAUGGAGGUGUGGAUGAAUAUGACCAACGCGACUUUCGAUAUACCGAGCGACGUAGAUUACAUCAAAUGCAACAUCAACCAAACGGGCUUUUAUCGAGUAAACUAUCCGAAGGAGAUGUGGACCUCGAUCAUCAAAACUUUGAUGAAGAAUCACACCAAGUUCAGUCCGGCAGAUCGGGCAAAUCUCAUCGACGAUGCGUUUUCGCUUUGUAAUGCGGGCGAGGUGGAUGCUUCGAUCCCACUGGAGCUUUUGCUUUACCUCGUUAACGAAACAGAUUACGCGCCAUGGGAAACCGCGCUUCGUUAUUUGAAAUCUUGGAAAGGCAGACUGGCCGAGAGUGCAGCGUAUAAGAAAUAUAUCUUAUUCUUUAAGCAACUGUUGGGUCCGAUUACAAGAUACAUUGGCUGGACAGAUGAGGGAUCUCACUUGAAAAAAUUAUUGAGAAUCGCAGUACUGAAAUCCGCUAUCAAAUUAGAAAUGAAUGAUGUGGUGAAGUCUGCAAGGAGUCUUUUUCAAGACUGGAUAUCGAAAGGCAAACGCAUCGCACCCAAUAUACGGAAUAUCGUUUAUAUGGCAGGCAUCAAAUUCGGAGAGGAGGCUGAUUGGCAGCAUUGCUGGCAGGUUUAUCUUAAGACGCAAAGCCAGAGCGAGAAGUUAUUAAUGUUGCAAGCCCUAGGUGCGUCGAGGGAUCCUUGGUUACUCAAACGUUAUCUUCGACUUUCGUUGAAUCGGAAUCUGCUUAAGGCGCAAGAAGUUAAUACCGUCAUAACGUCCGUCGCUGCCAAUCCACACGGAUAUUAUCUCGCUUGGCGUCAUAUUAAAGCUUAUUGGCCGCAAAUAGAAGCUUUGUAUAUGAAUGAAUCGCUCUCGAUAAACAAUCUCAUACUUAACGUUGUUCCUGACUAUUUCAUCACGGAGUACGAUUAUUGCGAAGUUUCGGAAUUCUUCAAGCAGCAUGGGCGUGACAUUCGCAGCGGUAAUCGCACUCUGCAGCAGAGUUUAGAAAUGAUAAAGUUCAACAUCCACUGGGUAAAAACAAACGCGAAAGGUGUGAAUAAUUGGCUCACCGAAUACUUCACGGAUCUGAAUUUUGCAAGUUAACAUUCGCUCUUAAAAGACAACUCUUACACGAGGGCGUUACUUUUCUUGAGAAAGACACUUAAAUGUAUUCAGUAUAAUAUACUCAUUAUCAUAAUUUACUUGUCGGAAAGGAUCCUAAUCCUCUAACAAGAGCCUAGAGAGAAGCCGAAUUGUUUAAUAUAUUAAUGUAAUACAUUAUACACCGAUUUAUACGCACUUUCGAAAGUAUUUAUUUAACGUGCACGCAGCGCGUGCCAAUUGGAUCACUAAUCGUAAGUAUAAAAAGGAAUAACGAGAGCAAAGCAAAAAAGUCGUUCCUAGGGUAGUCAUUGACCUUACAUUCGGCAGAUAAAGACUAAUGACGUACGCCUACUGGCAUUGAAAGCUUUAGUCUCUCGGGUUUGCUAUACUUUAUUAUAUUGAAAAGAAGCUGCGAUAAUCAUUUCCACGUGAUGUCCAAGCCCCAUUCAUGAAUCAUCCAACAUUACUUUAACAGGGAGAGUCGAGCUUGCGGCAAAUUUGUCGGAGAAAACGCUAAUUAUACUAUUCACGUACGUCCUAUACGCGUAAGUCUGCGUGCAAAACUGCGUUGCAUUGCAGAUGUUAAGAGGUAUUAGAAUUAUCAUGACUAUAUGAGCGAUCGUUCGGCACAUUUAAGUAGCAUAUCAAUGUACGGAAAAGAGAAGCAUAAUCCGCUGAAUCGCUCAGGUCUGUGCCACAAGCACCGUCCAGAGAGACAAGAUGGCGUUAAUUAAAAACUCGGUCGUAAGAGCCAGGAGGAUAUAUAAAAAAUUAAUUGUAAAAAUAUGAAGAAUCGAUGUCUGUCGUGUGUAUCGCAUAUUCGUGUUUGCUAAAGGUUUGCGGGAAGAGCAGGACAUGUCUCGUGUGGAGUUGAUUGUUCUCCGUGCGAAGUAGUAUAAAUAGAGAAUUGGAUAUUUUAUUAUAAAAAAAAUUAAUAAAUUUGUAUUGUAUAAUCCAAACAACGCUUUAUAUAUACAUAUAUGUAUGGUGUGCAUGCAUUAGUGUAAGACAGUGUGCCGUGUUUGAUCGAAUACUUUGUGAAGAAUCUAGAUGAUAGACGCGACUUAUCUAAAAUCUCUUCAACAUCAUCACGGCUUUUGAAGCAUUGCGUUCAAUUCUAAAAAAUCUCGGUUAACAAUAGUAAGUCUUAAUUUGAAACAGGAUAUGUCAUACAUGUCGCAAUGCGAAAUUCAUCGUUUUUCGAUCGUACCAUUAACCGUUUGGACAAUAAACACCAGAAAAUAGGGAGAUAUAUUUAAAAAUGUUUAAUUAUUAUACGUUAAUUGUUUUAACAAUGUACAUUAAUUUAAUGUUCUGGGAUUAAGGCUUAAGUACUUAGGCGUCUACAGCAUAAAAUUGAUCGCACGGAUACAAAGAUGUGAAGGUCUGCAAAGUGUCUAAUAAUUAUACACGGAAAGCAAAAAAAAAAAUUCCCGCUCCGAUCAGAAAAUAUCAAACUGUCUAGUGUCUACAAACAUA